AUGUCUUCUUCGAGUGGAGUUUCUAGCACACUAGACCCCAUAGCAGUAGAUCCAGAUGACCCGAUGCCCACAGAUCCCGCGAUUUAUACAUCUGAUACUGACACCAGUAAUGAUGACGAUUUCCAGCCUUUCGCUUUGCCCGAUUUCGGGGACGAUAUCCCUGCACCUGUCCCACUUGCUGCAUUUCCCAUGGCGGAUUUGCCACUCGAUGUUGUGUCUGAUGACGACAUCGAUCUUUUCGUCGAGGGUCCCCCUGAGGACGACCAUGAGGGUGGGUCCCUAAUUGCUGAUGAUGUCGCCAUUCCUAUUGCUGAGGCUCCUGUGGAGGAGGCUCCUUCUGAUUCAUCUGGUCCAGACUCGUUUGAGUCUGUGGCAUCCGCUUCUUUGCACGACCGGGGUGUGCAGCACUACUCUCAUGACGCUGACUCAGACGUGGUGAUGUCAGCUGUACAUGGUUCACCUCACGAUUUUCCUUCUGAUUUUGAUCCCGAUCACGAGAUCGAGUUUAUUCCUGUUGACCAGCCCUUGGAGGCACCAGUGGCUCCUAUUGAUCAGCUUCUUGAUGUACCUGCCGACUUUGAUAUGGACUUUGCCGAUCCUGAGCCUGUCAUGGCACUAGAGCCUGUUGUUGCUCAUGACCCUGUACCUGUGCACUACCCAGUUCUUGAUGAUGCUCCAGUCGUUGCACCGCCUGAUAUGGAUGCACCAGCUAUUGCACCACCCAUUGUUGAUAUUCCCGUUAUUGCACAGAUAUUACCCGAUUCGGCUCCUGUGUAUGCUGACCAUGCACCUUUUGCCACUCACAUCGAUCCUCGAUACGCUGACACCCACAACGGGUGGAUCGACGAUGACGAUUAUCCCCCAUAUGUUAGACCUGUCACCCCUUCUCAUGCACCCGUCUCUGCACCGAUUGAUGUUUCCCCUCAUUUUCCCCAUGUUUCAGAUAUCCAUCGUAUCGACCUUCCUAUCACUUUCCUCUAG